UAAGAGCAGCUAGGACGGGGCUGAGGAACGGAGAGUUCUGAGGGGGCCGCGACACGCGGCGCCUCCGCCCCUAAGCGGCGAGCACUGCCGCCUCGGUAGCUGUCAUGGCGGCCCGGGCCACGUGACUCCGGCUCUGCGCAGGCCUGGUUCGGCAGCCUCAGCUCCCCGCCUCCCUCUGUCUCGUUUUCGGACUCGGACAUUGCCUUUCUUCCAUCAGGAGGACUGCUGCACAGACUCCCGACGAAUCCAGAAACAUCUGGAGAAAAUGACACAUUGGUUUCAUAGGAACCCAUUAAAAGCCACAGCUCCUGUCGCUUUUAACUACUAUGGUGUAGCUGCUGGUCCUCCUGCUUCAAAAAUAUGCAGUGACUUGAGAUCAUCCAGAGCACGACUGCUUGAACUCUUCACUGAUUUGAGCUGUAAUCCAGAAAUGAUGAAGAACGCAGCAGAUUCCUAUUUUUCACUUUUGCAAGGUUUCAUAAAUUCCUUGGAUGAAUCUACCCAAGAAAGCAAGUUACGAUAUAUUCAAAAUUUCAAGUGGACUGAUACAUUACAAGGACAGGUUCCAAGUGCCCAGCAGGAUGCUGUUUUUGAAUUAAUAUCCAUGGGAUUUAAUGUAGCUUUAUGGUAUACCAAAUAUGCUUCAAGACUGGCUGGAAAAGAAAACAUAACCGAAGAUGAAGCAAAAGAAGUCCAUCGAAGCCUAAAAAUUGCAGCGGGGAUUUUUAAACAUUUAAAGGAAAGUCAUAUCCCAAAGCUCAUUACACCUGUAGAGAAGGGGAGGGAUUUAGAGGCACGGCUCCUGGAAGCUUAUGUUGUCCAGUGUCAGGCAGAAGCUCAAGAAGUAACAAUCGCUCGAGCAAUUGAACUGAAACACGCGCCUGGCCUAAUUGCUGCACUGGCGUAUGAAACGGCCAACUUCUAUCAAAAAGCUGAUCAUGCUUUAUCCAGUUUGGAGCCUGCAUACUCUGCUAAAUGGAGAAAAUAUCUUCACUUGAAAAUGUGUUUCUACACGGCUUAUGCUUACUGUUAUCAUGGUCAGACUUUGUUGGCUAGUGAUAAAUGUGGCGAAGCAAUCCGGUCUCUCCAAGAAGCAGAAAAAUUUUAUGCAAAGGCAGAAGUACUGUGCAAAGAAUAUGGAGAAACCAAGGGACCUGGGCCAACGGUCAGACCCUCAGGACACUUGUUCUUUCGGAAGCUCGGAAAUCUUGUGACGAACACCCUAGAGAAGUGUCAGAGAGAGAAUGGGUUCAUUUACUUUCAAAAAAUUCCAACAGAAGCCCCACAGCUGGAACUCAAAGCAAAUUACGGUCUCGUAGAGCCUGUACCUUUUGAAUUCCCUCCGACAAGUGCACAAUGGACACCGGAAACGCUGGCCUCGUUUGAUCUCACCAAAAGACCCAAGGAUGACAGUACCAAACCCAAAGCAGAAGAAGCAGUGAAGCCUGUCAGAGAACCAGAUACCAGACCUCAGAAGGACACGGGAUGUUCCAUCUCCUAAAAUACACUGAUAAAAUGUGCACUACGAAUUUCUCUAUAGUAGAUAAGAUAAACCCUGGGACUUCAGUCCGUAUUUCUUAAAAGGUUUUCUCUGAAGCCCGUAGAAUGAUUUAGUACAUUCGGAGGGAAUCUGCCUUCAGUUUAUUUGUUCUUGAUUUUUAAUAGAGUAGAGAUGUUUCAUGCUUUGUUUCCAAACCCUUUUUAAUCAGGACAACAUGUAAAAGAUUUUAUUGUGCCCCUCAAGGGCGUAUUUGGGGGUUGGGCUUUUUUUUCUUCAAAGUCUGGGUUGUAGUAAGUUUCAGGUUAAUAUAGGCCAGAAUCACGUGGCAUCAGGUAUGUUUUUCUGUCUUCACACACAAAAAGUUUUAUUUUCCUUCCUCUUACCUGAUACCAGAAGAAUGACAGGAGUUGGUUUUUAACAGUUUUCUUCCUCUUACCAUUAUGUUGUCACACAGACUUGUGUUCUCUUCAAAUCCCUUCCAUUUGUAAGAAGCUAUAAUUUGUUCCAAAAAAUCAGUGUUUAUAGGUAUUUUGAGACCAUUUAAGAACUUCUGUUCUGGUAGCCCUGCACUUUAUUUCAGCUUCAAUAAACCUACAGUGAUUUUUACAAGUA